UCAUAAGCGCGUGUCCGUGCGCGCGUAACCCCCGCGCCAGCUCCUGGCACCCAGCUCCGGGCUACAGAUCCCCAAUCUACGGGCUCCAAGGCUCUGCUGGCACCCAGAGUCUCUCGGAUCGCAAGCUCCCGGAGUCCACGGUCUCCAAGCCGAUCCAAUGGCACCCAAAAAGAAGAGCAACAAGAAGGUAAACAAGGAUGAGGUUACCGACAUGUCCAUCAUGCAAAUGCUCGCCGAAAAGGAGAUCAACAAAGUCAACAUCUGGAAUAACCACCUGGACGAAUGGAACGGACUACCCAAGGCCGUCUCCGACGUCAGCAAUCCAGUGCACAGCGAGAAGCUUCUGGAAGGGCUCAAGUUUAUGCAAAAUGAAAAAUUCCUCUGCGAUUUCACACUGGUCACCAAGACAAAGUCGUUCGAGGUGCACAAAGUGGUGGUCGCGUCCUGCAGCGAGUACAUCAGGAGUGUGCUGCGCAAGGACCCCAUGCUUCAGAAGGUUGAGGUGAACGACGUGUCCGCCGUGGGCAUGGCUGGGGUCGUCACGUACGCUUACACGGGCAGGCUCGGCCUGUCCCUCGCCACGGUGGGCAGCGUGCUCUCCUCGGCAACCCGCCUGCAGGUCUCGUCCCUGCUCAAGAUGUGCUGCGACUAUUUGAUGAAGGAGUUGAACGUGGAGAAUUGCCUCCACGUGGCCAACAUCGCCCGUGCCUUUGACCUGCACAACACCAAAGAUGUGGCCGAAAAGUUUCUCAGGGAGAAUUUUGUCGAUUUCUCAGAAACGGAGGAAUUCCUUAAGCUGAGUUUCGAUCAAAUCAACCAGUUCCUCCAAGAUGACACGCUCGAGAUUAAUUCGGAGCUCACCGCUUUUCACAUUGCCCUCAAGUGGCUCGAGCACGACGAUAAACGCCUCAAGUUCUCCGGAGAUCUGCUCAGCAACAUUCGAUUCAGCACCAUUUCAGCUCACGACUUGGUGACGUACGUGCAGACGGUGCCCAGAAUGAUGCAGGACCACGACUGCCACAAGCUGCUAGUGGAUGCCAUGAACUACCACCUGCUGCCCUACCAACAGAACACGCUUCAGUCUCGGCGGACUAAGCUGCGUGGAGGCCUCAAGGUGCUCGUGACGGUCGGCGGGCGCUCGGCGCUCACGGAGAAGUCGCUGAACAGAGACGUGCUGUACCGAGACCCCGAGAUGGGCUGGGGAAAGCUCACGGAGAUGGUGGCCAAAAGCUUUAACCAGUGCGUGGCAGUCAUGGACGGGUUCCUUUACGUGGCGGGAGGAGAGGACCAGAAUGACGCAAGGAACCAAGCCAAGCAUGCCGUGAGCACCGUCUGCAGGUACGAUCCUCGUUUCAACAACUGGAUCCAACUCGCGAGCAUGAGCCAACGGCGAACCCACUUCAGCAUGAGCGCCUUGAACGGGCAGCUCUACGCCAUCGGUGGUCGCAACCUGGAGGGCCCCCUGCUGGCCGUCGAGUCCUACGUGCCGGCCGUCAACCAGUGGCAGCCCAAGGCCGCCCUGGAUGUGGCGCGCUGCUGCCACGCCAGCGCGGUCUCCGACGGCAAUAUCCUCGUCACGGGCGGAUACAUAAGCAACGCGUACUCGCGCACGGUGUGCGCCUACGACCCCUCGACGGACCGGUGGCAGGAGCGCGCGAGCCUGAGCACCCCGCGCGGCUGGCACUGCUCGGUGUCGCUGGGCGAGCGAGUGUUCGUGGUCGGCGGCAGCCAGCUGGGCCCGCGGGGUGAGCGCGUCGACGUGCUGACGGUGGAGGCGUUCAACCCGUUUUCGAGCCAGUGGAGCUACAUGGCCCCCCUGGCCAUCGGCGUGAGCACGGCGGGAGCGACGCUGCUCAACCACAGGCUGUACGUGUGCGGCGGCUGGAACGAGGGCGAGAAGAAGUACAAGAAGUGCAUCCAGGUGUUCGACGCGGAGAACAACGAGUGGGCGGAAGAGGACGAGCUGUGCGACGCCGUGGUGGGCGUCUCGUGCUGCGCGCUGCUCAUGCCCCGCCGGGGCCUCCGCGAGUCACGUGCCAGCUCAGCGUCUUCCGUGCCUCUCAGCAUCUAACGCCGCCGUCGGGGAUGAGUGGGGGGGAUCCACAGCCUCGUCACCGUUAUUGUACCUGCGUGGUUAGAACUCCCCGUCCUCCCCCCCCCUUAUCUGCAAAUCGUCUUGCCGGUGAGGGCAUUAGUAGACCCGCCGUUCUGCCCCUUUGUCUAUGGAGGGAGCAUUUGCAGAUAAGAUGGCCGAUAGAUUUCAACAGCAAAAAGUUAGCGGCACUUGCAAUAUUGCGACCCUGGUGAAGAUUCCAUGGCAUGGUACAGCAGCUCCCCGGGUUUAAUGGAUUUUCCUGCACCGCGUCGUGUGGUGGGAUGUGGUGCAUCCCCACGAUUAGCACAGAGAUAUCGUGACUGUCUGUGCACAAAGGCUCCUCUAACCCCGUAUCUCUUGUUUACCUAUGCAGAAGAGAGAAUUAUUAACAAUAAAAAAAUACGCCACUUUUGCUCGGUCUAUAUUUGCGUGGAUAUGUCGUGAAAAAAAUUCAGCAAACAAGGUCCUAGGCUUUGGCAGCACUGGGUGAUUAUGUCCACCAUGUGGCGUGGCACUGACGAUGCCAUGAGGAACCAGGCAAGCGCAGCCCGUAGGGUUUCUGGGAUUUACCCGUAUUCACGUAUAUUUUUCACGUGUGACGUCCUCCAUUCGUCCAUCUGAGCGAAGUUCUUUGAUAGCGUAUGCAAUUAUGCUGUGCACACAUUUAGGGAAAUGGUAUCCGAUUAUAAAUAAAAUGCCUGACUUGAAGUAAUCUGGCAGUCCUGUGCCCAUCCCCCCCCCCCCAUCUUCCAUCUGUAUACAUAAAAAAAAACUACCUGAUAUAUUGUUUUAUCUUUUUGUUAUGAAAAUGUAUUUCAGUUUUAGAAUCCUUUUUGGAGUUGUGCUUUGAGUUUUCUAAAAUGACACCAAAUUUUGCCUUUUGUCAGUUAAUACUGCCGUGCAGACUUAAUUCAUCGUUUUAACACGUUUGUUUUUUCAAAUUUUCUCACUUUUAUUCAUCACAAUGUGAAAUGACGCUAGCGAUGUUCUAACCUCGUGUCCCGUGCCUGAGCUGCAGGCCAUGAUGAGAGCAGUGCCCAUGCGAGAACUUCCAGCCAUGCCCCCCCCCCUUCAUGUCCCUAUCGUCACCACCACCGCCACCGCCAGCAUCGGCACAAGAGCAACGCGGUCACCACAGCCAAUGCCUAUUGACGUUACCACACCUCACUGUCACUUCUGCCAAACCCGGUAGCCGUUGAACAUCCAGUUGCCGAACUCGAAGCACCUCCGAUUAGCACGGUUGGCUACGUACGGUGUGAAAGAAGUUUAGCACGCACGCAUACAUCAUAUAGUCGCCAUUGUCCAUCUCUGUAAAGUGUUUUCUGGACUGUGGUCCAUGAGAUGGUACGUACAACCAUGGCCCACGACUCGGUGUGGCUCUAUGGCUGUGACCUGCACAGACAUUACACAUUUGGCCCCCCACCAUAUUGAUUAACGACCUCUGCCCCAGCAGGAAAACUGGAAUCUUGAAUAACACGUAGGCUUUCGCGACCAAUAUUCAUAAUCAACGUUUUUGGGUUUAGAUCGCGUUAUUUAUAAAUUGUAAAUGUUGUGGUUUCACGCUUCAACACACCGGUGGGCUAAAGCAGUGAACUAUUUGUCUUUUGUCAACGUGACACUUUUUUAUUGAUUGGCCGUGUCGGGUGGUAGAGGGUUACGACACAUUUAUAAAUAACGCGAUCUAAACCCAAAAAUGUUGAUUAUGAAUGGAAUCUUGAAUGUUGGUACGAGGGGACGAUUUUGGGGUGGUGGAUGGUUUAUAUGUACACUUUCAUGGUGGGGAUUUUAUGAAACAGGUGGCCUGUUCAAUCUUGAUUUGAAGCUUUUGUGACUGCAGGAAUCCAUAAACUUUGCUUCUUUCGGUAAAGUCACGUAGGUAUAAAAUAAAAUGAAUCACGACGUUUCGGGCACAACACAAGCGUCCAUCAUCAGCGUAAGGUGGCCUGUUGCCAUGCACAAGGACCAGGAUAGUUCUGAUAACUGAAGCAGUGCUAAUUUAAGUUAAUUAUCUAACUUGAACGAAUGAGUGAAUGGUAUAUGCCUGGGCAUGUUAACUUCUGAAGUAAUAAUAUAUUGUCUACUUUUAACAGCAUCCUAAACCAAUUCACGUUCUCUAUCCAUUCUGUCUAAAGGUGAUGCCUUUAACCCGGUGAGAUGAUCUCUUUUACAAAGGAGAUCUUAUAAAAAGAAGUGGUCUCACCUCUGCGGCAGAGCCAGAGCUUCAUCUCGUAUGGCUACAUUUUUUACGGAAUAUUUCAUGUAGAGUUUAAUGAUGGAAUAUUUUCAUGAACUCGCUCCUAUCGACCCCAGGACAACUCCAGCAGAUAUUUAGCCCUGGCCAUGGCUAUGUAUGUACGCAUGUGAUUUCGUUUUUGGGUACAAUUUAAACAUUCGGGAUUUGGAUUUGCAUUAUGCACAUUGUGGUGUCAGACAAUUAAAAUAAUUUUUGAAAGCCAUUGUCCGUCCCACAGUGAUUUCCCACAGAAGUUAUUGGGCAGUUGUGCAUUUGGUUGACACGAAAACCCCGGCGCCGAGGUGAGUGUUUCAAGUUUCAUUUUCAAGUUUCAAUUAUUAGGUAUAGCCCUGUGAGCCAUUCGGUUCUUGAAUCGGGUGCCGCCGCAACAAACAAAAAAACAUGAACAAGAAAACAUCUUAAAGUGAAUAUGAAGCGGGCUCCUCGGCUGGCUAUCUGCCCUGGUCCCCACAUUCGCUGUUCUUCGACCAUUUCAAUGGUCGAACCUAGCUUUCGAUGCUUCCGGAGCGUCAGGUUUCUCCGAACAUUUCCCACCCCAUACCAUUCGCUGAUUAAUGCGACGAGCAAGUGGUCAAAACGAGUUUUAGAAAGGCAUUUGACAUUGCGGUUGCACCCCGUUGUGUUGUACUGGAGUUGUACUUUCUAAUUUACAGCUACCCACAACCACAAGCGGCCUCGCGUGUAUGUACUCAUCUAUCGCGAGGAGCAUUGCCGUACCGCUUGUCAAAUCGAAACACAAACGCACCGUGGCGUUACGGACGGACCUGACGGCCCCAUUUCAGUGGCUUUUCUCGUCUCUGACCCGUCCCCUCCUCGACCGUGCCCCUCUUGCACGCCGGUCACCGCACGUGGCCUGGACCUCUGGUCUCCAGUGACCGGGCGCUGGGCACGUCUUAGCAUCGUCCCUCGUGCUGUGCUUCUUAACAAAUGCGUGUUUCUGUGAUUGUUGAGUUAAUUUAUUGUGCUAGGUUUUCCUUGAGAAUAAAUCGAUGUUUCAUUUUAA